UUCCGGCAGAGCGGCGUCAGGCAGGACCGCUAUUAAAGGAAUACAUAUUCGUAUUGAAAAUAUGAAAAUACAGAAAAGAAUAAAGAAGCAAAAAACCGAUCAUCCUUAAUCCUGUUCUCCAGUUGAAACUAUUUGUCCUAUUUAUUGAAUUACUAAAUAUUUCGUUUUUCUUUUAAUAGUUGAGGGUAUAAUAAUAUUGAGUAACACAGUAAGAAAAAAUGGAUGAAGAGCCUGAAAGAACUAAGCGAUGGGAAGGAGGCUAUGAAAGAACAUGGGAGAUUCUUAAAGAAGAUGAAUCAGGAUCACUUAAAGCUACAAUAGAAGACAUUCUCUUCAAAGCAAAGAGAAAAAGGGUAUUUGAGCACCAUGGACAAGUUCGACUUGGAAUGAUGCGCCAUCUUUAUGUGGUAGUAGAUGGAUCAAGAACAAUGGAAGACCAAGAUUUAAAGCCGAAUAGACUGACAUGUACUUUAAAGUUGCUGGAAUACUUCGUAGAGGAAUAUUUUGAUCAAAAUCCUAUUAGUCAGAUUGGAAUCAUUGUAACAAAGGGUAAAAGAGCUGAAAAACUGACGGAACUCUCAGGAAACCCGAGGAAACAUACAACAUCUCUGAAGAAAGCUGUAGACAUGACUUGCCAUGGAGAACCAUCUCUUUAUAACUCCUUAAACAUGGCUAUGCAAACUCUAAAACACAUGCCUGGACAUACAAGUAGAGAAGUCCUAAUCAUCUUCAGCAGCCUCACAACUUGCGAUCCAUCUAAUAUCUAUGAUCUAAUCAAGACCCUAAAGGCGGCUAAAAUUAGAGUGUCUGUUAUUGGAUUGUCUGCAGAGGUUCGGGUUUGCACCAUACUUGCUCGUGAAACUGGUGGCACAUACCAUGUUAUUUUAGAUGAAAGCCAUUACAAAGAAUUGCUAACACACCAUGUUAGUCCCCCUCCUGCUAGCUCAAGUUCUGAAUGCUCACUUAUUCGUAUGGGAUUUCCUCAGCAUACCAUUGCUUCUCUGUCUGAUCAAGAUGCAAAACCCUCUUUCAGCAUGGCGCAUCUGGAUAGCAACACUGAGCCAGGACUUACCUUAGGAGGCUAUUUCUGCCCACAAUGUCGGGCAAAGUACUGUGAGCUUCCUGUUGAAUGUAAAAUCUGUGGUCUUACGUUGGUGUCUGCACCCCAUUUGGCACGGUCUUACCAUCAUUUAUUUCCUUUGGAUGCCUUUCAAGAAAUUCCCUUAGAAGAACAUAAUGGAGAGAGAUUUUGUUACAGCUGUCAGGGGGAAUUGAAAGACCAACAUGUCUAUGUUUGCACUGUGUGCCAAAAUGUUUUCUGUGUGGACUGUGACGUUUUUGUUCAUGACUCUCUCCAUUGUUGUCCUGGCUGUAUUCAUAAGAUUCCAACUCCUUCAGGUAUUUGAUUCCAGCAUAUAGUACACACAGAAGUUUGCAACUAUAAAUACAAUGAUUCUUUAGAAGAAACUCCAAUUAAAAUAUGAAGAACAAUUUGAAAGGAAAGUCUGAUAUAAGAGCCCUCUUGCUUUAAAGCUUCCUUUGUAAUGACUGGUAAAGUAUUGAUUUAAUGGGGUCUAUCUAAUACUGCCAUUUUGGUGGUUUGGUGUCUGACUUACAUUAUAGUUCAGGUUAAUGAACUAUCUCUGUUAGUCUCACUCAAGUUCAUACCCUGGGACUAUUUAACUUAAUCGUCUUCAACUUUCCUACCCUGGGUAAUCGGAAAAAUGUGAGAAUGUAUGAUGAGUUCUGUGUUUCAGAUUCAAUGAAGAUGUACCAUUAUAGGCAGAACUUUUUUUAGGGUAAACCCUUUUGGGAGUAAAUUUGUUUUCCAUAGCAAAGGUAUGUUUAUUUUCAAUCUACAAACUUUAAUCACUAGAUUGAGUUUCACUAUGAUAUUCAUGAUUUUAUAAAUAACAAUUCUUAGUGAAGAACACUAUCAGUAAAGAAUGUAAUCCCACCCCAGAGAGUCUAUUCACUAAUCUUGGAGGGAGCCCAGGAAUAUGCAUUUUUAACAGCACAUGUGUGCACACAUACACUAAGAUAUAAUUUGACCAAAGUACAGAUCUUUCUCCCAGGAGUCAUACUUUCUGCACCUAGACUCAAAUGGUUCUUUGUGAGUAAACAGAUUUCAGCCCUAGGUAACCAGGUUAACUGCUGUCUUCCUUCCUUCUGCUCAGUCAGCAAGAGGUAUCUGUGGCUUAUAGGAGAUGCCUUUAACAUAAUCAGAGUAUUGUGUCUCCCCCUACCUGACUUUAUAUCUAAAAUAUAUAAAGAAUUCUUGCAAUUCAAUAAUGAAAAGGUAAAUAACCCAAUUAAUCUUAUUUUUAUUCUUCUAAUUGGCCUGAACUGUUUCUUCUCUAUCCCUUAUCAGGACAGAUAAUCUUUCACUUUUAGGUGUCAGGCUUUCCUGGAAUUUAAUCCUUUUAGGGGAUAAUUCAUUUUAGAUUUAAUUCAUUUUAGAUUUUAGAUUUUUGACUCUUUGGAGGAAGAGGGAUCUUUUAAGGAUCUCUGUGAUCAGUGAUUCUAAGGAUGGUAUCUGGACCAGUAGCAUCAGUAGCACCCGGGAACUCAUCAGAAAUGCAAAUUCUUGGGCCCCGUCACAGACCUAUUGAAUCAGAAACUCGGGAUGGGCCUAGUAAUCUGUUUUAACAAGUCCUCUAAGUGACUGUGAUGAAUGCUAAAGUAUGAGAACCACUGCCUCUAAUCAUAUGACAGAGGUACAUAGGUUACUUUAAAACAGGUCCUGGUAAUAAAGUUCUACAGAACUUAAAAAAAAAAAAA